GAGCGAUCCUCAGCCAUAAUUUAUUCCAUCGUCUGUGCGGUCUGUACGUUACUACGUUGUUACCAUCCGCCGCUAUCUAUCACACCUUCACUCCGUUCGUCACGCCUGUGCUAACGUGUGCCUCGCCAAGGCUGAGUUGCCACGAUGAGCGUGAGUGUCGUACUCGGAACGCAAUGGGGCGAUGAAGGGAAGGGGAAACUCGUCGACAUUCUGGCCGCCGAUGCCGAUAUCUGUGCGCGCUGUGCGGGCGGGAACAAUGCUGGCCAUACGAUCGUCGCACCAAUCGGUGUAGAGAAGGUCCCUACCCACUUCGCCUUUCACUUGCUGCCCAGCGGCCUCGUCAAUCCAACAUGCACUGGCUUAAUCGGCAACGGGGUGGUCGUACAUCUACCGUCGUUCUUCGAGGAGCUCGAUGCACUACAGGCUCAGGGACUCGACUGCACUGGGCGGUUGUUCGUCUCGGAUCGUGCACAUCUAGUGUUCGAUUUUCAUCAGAUCGUCGAUGGGCUGAAGGAAGUCGAGUUGGGGGGCAAGAGCAUCGGUACUACAAAGAGGGGCAUUGGUCCGGCCUACUCUGGAAAAGCGUCGCGCUCCGGACUCCGUGUGCACCACUUGUUUGACCACGAGACUUUCGCCGUGAAAUUCCGCAAAAUCGUCGAGGGCCGAUUCAAACGGUAUGGCCACUUUGAAUAUGAUACCGAGGGAGAGAUCGUUCGUUAUAGGGCACUCGCGGAGCGGUUACGGCCGUACGUUAUCGACAGUGUGACCUUUGUCCACAGCGCACUGGCGCAGGGCAAACGGAUCCUCGUAGAAGGGGCCAAUGCCCUUAUGCUCGAUCUCGACUUCGGCACAUAUCCGUAUGUAACAUCGUCUGCGACUACUGUCGGCGGAGUGUGCACCGGCCUCGGUAUCCCGCCGAAGAAGAUAGGGAAAAUCAUCGGCGUCAUGAAGGCAUACACCACUCGUGUUGGCGGAGGGCCAUUCCCUACUGAGCAGCUGAACGACAUAGGCGUGCACCUGCAGGAAGUCGGUCGCGAGUUCGGCGUGACUACAGGGCGAAGGCGGCGCUGUGGAUGGCUAGACCUAAUCGUUAUGAAGCAUUCGUGUCUCAUCAACGGGUACGACAGCUUGAACCUCACAAAGCUCGAUGUCCUGGACGACCUCGAGGAGAUCAAGGUUGCCGUGAAGUACAUCGUCGACGGAAAGGAACUAGACGGGUUCCCAGCGGAUCUCGAGCUCCUCGCGAAGGUCGAAGUCGUCUACGUGGUGCUGCCUGGCUGGAAGACAUCGAUCGCUUCGAUACCGUCGUACGACGCUCUUCCCGACAACUGCAAGAAGUACGUGGUCUUUAUAGAGCAGUUCCUUGGGGUGCCAGUAGAGUGGAUCGGCGUGGGUCCUGGGCGGGAAAGUAUGGUCAAGAAAGAACUCGAGAUGUAGUGUAAAGUACAAACUAAUGUACGAAAGGCAUCGCACCGCCUCUUGCGGCGCAUCGAAAUCAGUCAUACAGCUGCCCUGCGCAAAAGGACGUUGGUAUGAAUGUUUCCGUCC